AUGGAGCUUUCUACCCAGGUUAAGUUUGUGCAGUGCAUUCACUUUCUGUAUUUUUACACGGUGCAGGUCAGUGAGAGUGCAAAGAAGGAUCUGAAGGAAGGUAUGAAGCUAUACAAUUCAGAAAAUAAUGUUGGACUGAAAAAUGCAUGGAAUAUCAUUCAAGCAGAGAUGAAAUGCUGUGGUGUGAAUGACUUUACGGAUUGGUACCCAGUGCUGGGAGAAAACACUGUCCCAGACCGAUGUUGUACGGAAAAUUCCCAAGACUGUGGACGGAACUCCACCGAAUUAGUGUGGAAAACAGGAUGUUAUGAGAGAGUUAUGACCUGGUUCGAUGAGAAUAAGCAUGUCCUUGGUUCGAUUGGGAUGUGCAUCCUCAUAAUGCAGAUUCUUGGCAUGGCCUUCUCCAUGACACUCUUCCAGCAGAUUCACAGGACUGGCAAAAAAUAUGAUGCCUAAAGCCUCCGAAACAUUAUCACAUCAACCCUUCUUUCUCAUCAUAAAAAUGAACAAAAGGAACGACCGUAAAGUGUAUCAAGCCUAGCCCUGCUGAGGGAAUCCGUCCCAUUGACCGAUCUACUUUGUUGUUACUUGUCCGGUUAUUAUCACAACUUGGUAUUUGACUAAUUUUUUUGUCUGUUUCACAUUUGCCAUUUAUUUGCCAAAGAGGGGGGAACACCCCCAACAAAUGGAUUUUCUACACAAAAUCAUAGAUCUGCUCUAAGAAUGUUUCUUAACUUAAGAAAAUGUUUUGCUCUACUAAUCCAUGCUAUAUGUGCAAAAAUUAUGUGUGUUCAACUUCAAGGGAGAAUUCUUCAAAGUCUUCCAUUAAGUUUUCAACCCUC